CGAGACUAUCAAGGAGGGAGAAGAUGAGAGGCAAAUUUCGCUUUUUUUCAUCAGAAACGGAAGAAAAAAACAAGGAAUUGUGUCAUGUUUGAGGAUGACAGAUAUAGAAUAAAGAUUUCGUUUUUGUACAUACUAUGCGUUUCUUGUGUGAUGCUGCACCGGUGCUGGAGGUGUCAGUAGGAUUUCGCAAUAUGUUACAAUUUUGGGUGUAUAGGGAAUAUUAUGCCGGACGUUAUCUAUUUGCAAUGGAUCAUUGUAAAAAUUAGACGCCAGGGUUUGGAACUGGAUUGAUUUCUUGACACAACAACUUGGGGAAAAUUCUUCCCAUCACCAUGUUGCAAACGAGGUAGGUGACAUUGUUUGGGGGAUAGCCUAUAUUGCAGAGGUGAAAAACCCAUCUGAGAUCGCUUUUGUCUCCCCCCUAAAAUAUGAUCAGGGGUGCUUGGAUGUUUCGAAGGGAAGAUGACGCUGUGUUAAAAAUCUGUUGUGCACCCAAACAAAACGACAAACCCUGUGCCGAUUCCGAGAGGGUACAGAAAUGGCGAAUGUCUUUGGCAUCCCUAUUAUUUUUCACUGUCCUUCUCUCUGAUCACCUCUGGUUGUGUGCUGGAGUUAAACUGAGGUCCAAGGAUAGGAGCAACCGCAAAAUCUGGAGUAACGCGACUGACGGGGUCCACCCGGCUCAAAAUGAGGAGAAAUUUGGUAUUUUUCUAAGCAAUUUCACCAAAUCCGCUGCUCCAAGUCCUCAUUGCACUGAUUCUCAAAGCCACCACACUCACCUGGAGUCAGCCUGCACCACGUUGUAUCAGCAAAAAAAUGGCUUUGGGUCCUCUUUCUCAACUCCAUCAACGUUCUCGUCACAGAUGUUACUUGAUUAUUUUAGGAAUUUCAGCCUUUCUUUUUGUGAUUCUUACACCAUCUCCGACUUACUGUUGGGGAUGUCAAGCCCAGACAGUUUGAAUUGCAGUCUUCAGAACAUGGUUUUGGAUUUGUUUAGAGGCGGUGGGGAUGACGAGGAUGUCUGCAGCAUCUGUAUCCAGGCGUACAUGCGGCUGGACCAACACGCUCAGGAAAAAUAUGAAGAGUUUGACUUCUUCUUUCUCAAGUAUUUAUCGGAGGAUUAUUCCGUCCGAUCCCACACAGAAGACUGUAAGUCAGUCUACAAAGCCUGGUUAUGCUCAGAAUACUUCAACGCCACCCAGAGCCAGUGUCAACACAGGAUUCCCUGCAAGCAAUAUUGUCUGGAGGUCCAGACCAUGUGCCCCUUUGUGUUACCAGACAAUGACGACUUGGUCUACGGAGGACUAUCCAGUUUCAUCUGUACAGGGCUACUAGAAAACCAUUUAACCAAUGCAGACCCAGAGUGUUGUGAUGUCAGAUGGAGUGGCUGCGACCCCUCUGUGGGGGCGGCGUGCGCCCUGACACAGCUUCCAGGGUCGUCGUCAUGGCAGCGGCGCAGCUCCCCGCCCGUGUCAGCUGCAUCGCGGCUGUGCAGCAGCAGACUAAGACUGUGUGUUCUGGUCCUCAUCCUGCUGCACACUGUCGUCUCCUUCUCCACUGUCCAGAGCAGUGGCGCUGUGGGCCUGGAGGCCAUGGUACCCCUGCCCCUGGAGGAGAGCUCUGCCCGAGAGGAGUGACUGAUUAUGAACAAGAGUUUCUACUGUUCCCUGCCUCCAGUCUACAGAGACCCCUUCCUUCACAGUACCUGAGGAGUGAGGCGUUUAUAACCCUCUCUCUCCAUCCAGUCCCCUCCCAUCAGCAAUGAGGAGGUUAUACACCGUUCCAGGGCAGGCUACAGGUCGGUAUACCUCCUCACCCUCCACCACACCGGAGGAGUGGCGAAGCAUGGGCCCUCCCCUACCUCGACACAGAGAGGUAUGGAGGUGGAUGAGGUUUCGAAACUGAGAACCAGACAUGUCUCACAUGUAAGGAGGACAUGAAAGGGCAUAGGGAAAGAGAGGCGGGUCUCCUAUCAUCCCAGGGUCCAGAGGAAGCGUCGAUUUUAUAACUGAAAGAGGUACUGUAUGCUGUUUCUGAGAAGGUUUUGGGUACAAAUGGCCUUUUUCAAGUUUUAUCACUACUCUAUUUAAUGAGUUGAGUGAUGUUUUUGGGGAUUUACGUAUGACGUUGGGUGUUGAGUUUGUGAACUGCACAGUGGGGAAAAUGAUGAGUUGCAGGCUCGUAUGCUAUUUUUUUUUAUCUGGAUGUGUGUGUGUGUGUGUGUGUGUGUGUGUGUGUGUGUGUGUGUGUGUGUGUGUGUGUGUGUGUGUGUGUGUGUGUGUGUGUGUGUGUGUGUGUGUGUGUGUGUGUGUGUGUGUGUGUGUGUGUGUGUGUGUGUGUGUGUGUGUGUGUGUGUGUGUGUGUGUGUGAAUACAGCGAAGAAGUCAGCAAUAUAAUGUAUAUGACCCAACACAAAUCAGAUGACCAUUACAUCUUCCAAGCUAACAGAAUACGCACAACAAAUACUUUGUUUGGCUCAGAGUAAAUAUUAUUCUUAUUCUCAGUACCACUACCCUCAUUAUCAUCCACCAAGUAGAAUCAGUUCACGCAAGUAUUGGAUUACAGAUCCUAAUCAAAGGUAAACCAUGUUGUUUUUGAUAGAUGUCAGAAGUACACUACUAAUGCUGUGGAGGAACAUGUGUUUAUGCAAAGCUGAUUGAAACGAGUUGAAACCCCCACUGGGUCUCUAAUCGCUUACAGAAGGCACAUGAUUGUGCAAUGGAAGACUGUCUGUAUUAUAACUACACCAAUCAUUUCUUACUCAUAAAACAGACAAUUUACCACGUAUUACACAUAACAAAGACCCAGAGUGAUAAUUGGAGCAGAAUGUUAUCAUGGCUGAAUGUUUAAGAAAUGUUCAAGAUGUGAAUGCAUCGUGUCAUCAAAAAACUGAGGCAUGUGUGUAUGCCCUCAAUGUCUUCUUGUGUGUUCAUUACAUUCAUGGUAAAAUACAGUGAUUACAGUAAUUUGGAAAGAACCAAAACUUUAUAAAUAUACUUCUAAAUAUUAGAGAUAUAGAAAAAGAUCCACCUUGAUUUAUUCAUAGGCAAUCUGUUGGGAAGCGGAUUUGUUAUUUGUAAAGACAAGCUAGAGCAUGAUUAUAUAAAUGGUUCUCAUAUGUUUCUGAUUUCUUGGAUUGAAUACUUCUGACCUCUCUUUUCCUGGCAUAAUUUGUGUAUUAUUCUUACAAAUAGUUGGUAAAAUUUGGGCUUGUAUUUGGGAAGCUGAAAUAAAAUACCUGUCUUCCAAUGUGACAAAUUGAUUCACAAACAGGAAUUGUGAAUCAUUUUUUAUCUUACAAAGUAUUCCUGGGUUCACCUCCCAAACAGAUACUAUAUGUGACCUUGGUCUACCAGAAUACAGGCAUAUUGUUUAUGUCCUAACAAAACUAUCUUAACUAUUUUACUAUUGAAAAACUAUAUCAUAGCACAGGUUUUUACAGAGUAUUGUAUACAGUAUGUAUAUGAAUUUAACUUGGAUUUGAAUAUUUGAGCAUUUUAGUAAUAUAAACAAAUCAGAGAUCUAUGAGAUGCAUGAGAUUCAGAUUAUUUAUUUAUCUAAAAUAAAAUAUAUUAUGAACUUGGUGGUUCGAGCCCUGAUGGCUGAUUGGUUGAAAGCCGUGGUAUAUCAGACUGUAUACCACAAAAUGCCCCCAAAAAUAUUUGUACUGUUCUAAUUACGUUGGUAACCAGUUUAUAAUAGCAAUAAGGCAACUCUGGCGUUUGUGGUACAUGGCCAAUAUACCACGGCUAUAUCCAGGCCCUAAGAACAGCCCUUAGCCAAUAUAUAUUGGCUAUAUACCACACCCCCUCGUGCCUUAUUGCUUAAUUAUAUCACUGUAGCCUUUAAUGCCCACAAUGAAUUAGUAAGAACUAACCUCAUGUCAGUCUGAUAAACUGCUCGUUUCUUUUGCUAAAAGUGCAAUAUUUUGUUUUUGACAGCCUGUGUUGUUUCAUUUAAUAUCUAACGGACAUUGUCAGCAUGCUGAUUAUAAACUGGUUUAAGAUGCCAAACACUCUAAAAGAGACAACCAUGUUGAUAACUGCAACUAUGGAUUGGAAAUCUUGCCUGCCUUAUAUGACUAACGUGUGUAACAUUGUAUGGUCUCUCCAUUUCCAAAAAGGUCACUUGUACCCUUCUCUCUCCUAUGUCAGUCAUCGCUGUUGCUUAUCCGUUAGAAUGUAAAGGAAUGGUACCUCCAUCAGAGAAGGGAAAAGGGGUAUAGAUCUACACUGGUGUCCUAAGCCUGUAUGCUGUGAGGGGACUACUUCUUAUGCCAUUUUAUACACUGUGCUUUAAUGUUUAGAACUUUUUGCACUAGUUCUAAUAACUUUUUUUUUCCUGAGAUUUGUUUUAAAACUGUGCUUAUUAAUUCCGUUCUAAAACAAAUAUUAUCCCAUAUCUGUGUUUCUAGUUGUAUAUGUAAUCUGUUUUCUGUUUCUAUUGUAUUUUGGGCGGAGCAGUG